UAAUGAAUUCCAUACAAAUGGCUGUUUGGUUAAAAAAAAUGGUGAAAAACAGCUUUUCUGCUCACAAAAUUGUUUCUUGCUUUUAGACGGGUGUUUUUGUUUUUUGUUGCGUGUUUGGAUGUCUGUGCAUGUGUAUUGCUUGCAUAUUUCUGUGUACCUUCAGUGUGUUUUUACGUGUGUGCUUGUACUGCGUGUUUUUGUGUAUUAAUAGUCACGAACGUGCGCGCGCCUGGGUUGGUCCAGCAUCCUGAUGACGUACACGACCCCUGCAGCGUACACAGUCCAGUGGUGCUGAACGGUAUUUGGACGCACGCACGCAGCGCCGCCGUCAUUCCAGCUGGAGAAGGUGAAGGAGGAGUCCAACGGAAUCCUGGUUCAGAACCCCGAACCUCGCCGAGACAUGCGGCGCGAGUGGCUGGCGGGCUCUGCCUCGGUGUGCCGCCGGCCGCGUCCCGUGACGUGACGCGACGCGACGCAACUUGAGGCGAGGUGACGUGGGGCGAGGCAGCCCAAAUAAGUUGACUACUUGCGUCCAGGUUUGGGAGAUGGCUCCCCGCGCGCAUCCCCGCCUUUGCACCCUGCUGGUCUUGACGCUCAUCCUGGCUUGGGCCUCGUGCCAGCACUACCUCCUGCUACGGCCGGUUCCCAGCGACCACCUUCCGCUCGUGGAGCUCAAGGAGGACCCGGACCCUUCGCUGGACCCCCGCGACAAUGACCUGAACGAGACGGAGCUGCGAGACGCCCUGGGCGGACACUUUGACGCGCACUUCAUGUCCGUGCACCCGCCGCCGGAGCGGGACGAGGACGCGGACAGGCACCGGGGCCGGGAGGAGGACGACGAGGACGCGGACUCGGACCCCCUUGCGCGCCUCCUCCUCCCGACCGGCCCCAUGUCCAAGGACUUCCGCCUCCUGGACUCAGAGGCGCACCAGGGCAAGAAGCCCAAGGCGAGCAAGAAGCUCCGUCGGCGGCUGCAGAUGUGGUUGUGGGCGUACGCCGCGUGCCCGGUGCUGCACGCGUGGAGCGACCUGGGCGUCCGCUUCUGGCCGCGCUACGUCAAGUCGGGCCGCUGCUCCAGCAAGCGCUCGUGCUCCGUCCCCGAGGGCAUGCGCUGCGUGCCCGCCAAGGCCAGGCGCUUGACGCUGCUCCGCUGGCGCUGCGUGCGGAAGAAGGCAGCCCUCAAGUGCGCCUGGAUCCCGGUCCAAUACCCCGUCGUGUCCGAGUGCAAAUGCUCGUGCGCCAAAUGACGGACGGACGAGGGACCGACUUGCUCUGCCGACCUGGCGCACAGCAGAACAAUCUUGCACGCCUCCCCAACAGAAAAGUGCAAACGCCCGCGUUGAAGUCGUUCCGUGACCACGCUCAAAACAUUCCGCUGUGAAAUGCCAUCCAUACAGACCAGCCUCCCCAACAGUUGUUUUUAAUAAUGAAGGAAAACAUCACUAGAUUUGUAUCUACGAUAACGUCCAGUACGGACACAAUUAAACACCUGACAUGGUUUAUUAUUCUAAUUAUGCCUCCAUUAGUUUGUCACCUUGUAAUCAUGUGCCACUAUAAUCAAAUUAAGGACUUAUUUUCAAUGCGGUAUGCGCACCUCGGCCACCAGGGGGCAUUAUAUGUACAUGAAGUCACGUUUUCUCCGUAAGCCACAUUAAUAUUCGUCAUGUUCUGGAAAGGAUAAAGAAUAUACUGUAUGCCCGUAUUGUAUUGUUGUAGUUGUGUGUUUCCCUGUGUUGCUGCACCAUAACUAUGAUGCUAUUUGUCAGCCCAUCUAUGGCGUUCUCCCAUUAUGUGUUAAAAUGAAGCUAAAUGGACUUAAGUGCAAAGUUCUGAAUCCAUAAUUCAGAUGACUUUGCUGCUGCCAAAUGGCACACAUAUCUUCAAUUUUUUAUUGCAAGUCAAAGCCAAAAGUGAGUUUGUAUCUCAAAAAAGUCUUUAUUUUGGUCACUUGUAUCUCAAGGCACCAUUGUACAUCGCACAAACCCAUUACUAUAUAUACAUGUGUAAUUGUAUGGGGGAAAAAGCCCCCCAAAAUACCAGAUGGACUUAUUUUGAUCAUUUCCUGCAAUUAAAUUUUCUUAACGACAA